AAUCAUCAGAUGAAGAAAUUUCUAAACGACAACAGAUAUCUAAUAAACAUUUAAGAAACACAAUUCACGAAAAUGUUAGUUUAAAUAAUAGCGUACUGAUACCAGCCUAUAAUAUAGCUUGGUCAAUUCACCAAAGUCAAGACUUCUAUAACCAUAACGAUUAUUUAUCAAGUUAUGCAAGUCGUUCAAGAUCAUCCUAUAACCUCGACCCAGAAUUAAUCCAUAAUUCUGAUUACAUACCAUCAAAUAUUCCAAUUCAGUCAAAUUUUAUAAAUCAAAACUUGACUUAUGAUACUUAUUCAUCAAGUAAAAAUGCUAAUAGAUUACAAGUUCCAUUUAAUGGUACAAAUAAUUCUGAAGAUAGAUUUGUGAUAUCCAGAAAUGCUAUUAUGCCAGAACAACAAUGUAGUUUGUCACGAGCAACUACUAUGUCAUUGGACGAUGUAUUAGAUUUACAUUUGACUUAUCAGGAUUCUUCAUUGCAACAAAAUUCUUAUAAUCAUUAUAAAGAAAAUGAUUUAAUGACAAAUUUACAAUCUCAAU